UUUCCGUAGUUCACUCUACGUUCCUCCUUGCUACAAUGGCGGACGUGUCAGAGAGGACGCUGCAGGUGUCCGUGCUAGUGGCUUUCGCCUCUGGAGUGGUCCUCGGCUGGCAAGCGAAUCGGCUGCGGAGGCGUUACCUGGACUGGAGGAAGCGGAGGCUGCAAGACAAGCUGGCGACAACUCAGAAGAAGCUGGACCUGGCCUGAGCGCGCGCGGCGGCCCAAGCCCUCCGGGUCCUCACUCCCCAAGUCCCACGCGGUGAGCCGGUGAGCCGCGCGACCCACACGCCCGGGAGAGUCGCCUUUGCACGGCUUGCAGAAAUGUGCUUGUCGAAGAUGGAUAAAAAGCACUGGAAAGAAAGCAUUUCUUCUUGCACUUUAUGAAUCUAUUUUUAAAAUAAAAAGAUUAAACAAC